AUGGAAAAAAAUAAAAAAAAUAAAGAAGAGUGGUGUAUAAGCGUGCCUUGGGGUAAAUUGGCGGGUUUAUCAUGGGGCAGCCAGAGCAAUCCACCCGUGCUGAUGGUGCACGGACUCAUGGAUUCAGCGGCUACCUUCAUACCCAUAGCAGAAAUAUUACCCGACAACUUCUUCUAUGUCGCUAUGGAUUUUCCAGGACACGGAAAGUCGGACCCGUUCGCUCACGGGAUCCCUGUCAGCAUCACACACCAGGUGGAAGCCAUCAGACAGCUGGUGAAGCAUAUGAAUUGGAAGAGCUUCAUCAUCAUCUCACAUUCGAUGGGCGUAUUGACCACGUGUCUGUACAAUGCUGCGUUCCCGCAUCAGAUAUCGAAGAUGGUAAACCUGGAGCCAACGAAAGCCAUUUACAUAUUGGCACUUACAUUCGGAGAUUUCCCAUUCUGGAAAUAUAAUUUAUAUGAGAAUUAUUACAGCAAUUUGUCCAAGUCCAAGCACGUAUCGGAAUACACUUACGAAGAAGCUCUGGAUAUAAUACAACGCGAGCGGAAUGUUAAAAGGGAUUACGCUGAGAUUCUCUUAUCAAGAAGCUUGGAGAAAACUGGUGGUGGUAAAUAUAGGUUCACUUGGGACUUUUCUGUAAAGAGACCCGUUUUAGUGCCUUUCGAUGAAGACACGCUCUGCUCAUUUUUCGCCCUGCACGCUCCGCCUAUGUUAAACACUAUCGCAUCUGAUCCUCAAAUCGUGGGUCCAUGGAUAAAAAUCGGUGAAGCAAUUAUUGAACGAUUACAAAAAACCAUUCCUUUUUUUAUAACGGUUCCAUAUACGGGAGGCCAUAAUCAUCAUGUCAUACAGCCAAAAGAUUUUAUAAAUGAAAUUAUCGACUUCCUAAAUACAGAUUAUGUAAAAUCGAAACUGUAAAUGAAAAAUUGUAUAGAGUUUUGAUUGUAUAUUUAAUAAGUUGUUUCUCCUAAUUAAUAAACCAUAAUAAAUGUAAUCGGAAUGCAAGUAGUCGCCAUUGUAUUCUGUCAGCCGGUUUUUUCCCACACUUU